UAUCUUGUUUUGUAUAUGCCGGCGAGCACGUGUAUUUGUUCUACAGUACCGACGGCGAAGGGCAGCAUUAGCUCUGCCAGCGUUAUCAUUCCUAUUAGAUUUUUGCAUUGUAAACAAAUAAGCGCGAGCGCGAUGUCAGCCACACCGGAUCGUCUCAACGUAUCAAAAACACGUCUGCAAUCGCCACGGACCCCUGCCUCCCCUUCGUCAACCGUUGGUGCAUCGCGAGUUGUUGAUUCGGUCGCAAAAGUUGUUGAUUUGCACAAAAAAUGGCAACUGACGACGCAGAAGGGGACGCAGUACUGCAACGCCAUCGAGAACAUCAAGAAGGGCGUACUGGAUCCGAAGCAGGAGCAGGAUGGCAAUCCUUAUCCCGCAAAUUUGGAGCUUUACUGCAAGAAUUUGGCCAUUUUGGUUACCAUUCUGGAGGAUGUGGUUGCGAGUCUGAAUACGUUGAUUGAACAGCUGAAGGUGUUGCAGGUGGUGAUGAGGGAUGAGAUUGUUGGAAGAAGUUGGAGUUUGGGGAAAACGAUGGAGGCGCUGAUGAACAUUUCCGAACAUUGGCAAUCGGAGCUGAACGUGAGGAAGUCGAUUUCAGAAAAUAUUGGACAUUCAGUGGACAUUCCGCAGCUCGCGCUACAUGUUGCAACAUGGGAACAACUAUCCAAUCAGCAUGAGAACGUGAAUAUGUUGGUUAAGAUGCUGAGUGUGGAGUUUAGUAUAACCACAGACAAAGAAUAACGCUGAGGUUAACAUACAUUGCUGAUAACUCUGUGAUAUUACAAUAAAUAAUUGGAAAACGGG